GGGAGAGGGGGAGGGGAGUGGGGGGGUAUGCAGCUCCUCUGAGGACACACCACCCAGGACAAGGAGGAAUUAUGUCGACCGUGAUGUCUCAGCCACGUCCAAAGGAGGAUGAGGAGGAGGAAGAGGAGGAGCAGGGGGAAGAGUUUGUGUUUGAUGACAGCACAGAUGAGGAGAAACCGGAGGAGGACAGUAAAGGGAUCAGAUUGGACUGUGUCAGUUCCGUCCAGGUGUCAAAGAAGAAGGAGGAUAGCGGCACAUCAGGAAACGUAUCACAGACAAUAACAGACGGUACUAAACUCCCUGAGACUUCGCCCCCUGCUGGACAGGAGGGCAUCUCCACCGAGGUCAAGGCAUCACUUUCCCCUGCAGAUGCUCCGGUUAGUGAGUCACCCAGCCGGGCCGCGGCAGCAGCAGCAGCAGCAGAGCAGCCCAGCACCCGGGCUCCCUGUGUGGGGCCGGCGCUCCCGGUGCUUCCUGUGCCUCCAUCGGCUGCGGUGAAGCCGGCUGACUCAGCAGAGCGCGGCGGGGGGGGGCGUGGAGGAAAGCUCCGGCUCCAGGGACGCCUCCGAAGAGGCGACAAGAACAGCAUAUUACAGACUCACAGCCACCUGAGGGCUCAUUGA